CUGUACAUAAGUCUGCAUUUAUUAUGUUUGUUAUGACAUUUCCUAAUUGGGAAAUAAUGUUGUUAAAUUGCAAAAAAUUGAAGUUAAUGGUAGCUUUUGUUGUGAUUUCGACCUAAAAUGUAGUAAUGAGUUAUUCAGUAUGUGAGUGAAGAUAGUGUUUGAUAAAUUAAAUGCAUAAAUGAAUUUGUUUUACUCUCAAAUUAAGGGAUUGAUUUUCAUUGUGUUGAUGCUCGUAGAUUCUUGAAAAUUUUAUUAAUCGUCUUGCUUCUUGCUUCUUAAGUUUUAAGCAUCAUCAUAUAUCAUUACAGUUGGUCAAUAUGUCUACAUUUAUGGAUAAAGAAAAUCCUCAAACUCCAACUAGGUUGCAUACCAGAAAAUCAUACUCAAUCUUGACUCCUGUGUCUAAUGUAUCUUCGUAUUCACCUAAUUUAAAAUCACUUAAUGCCUCCAAACUUGAGAAAGAAAGAAUCAUAAGUGAAUCAACUGGAUUAGUUAAAUUCUCAUUAGCAUCGAAUUCAGCAUCUGCAAAUGGAUCUCCAAAUAGGUCAAAUACUUCAAGUACACUUUCAAGUCCAAAGAAAUUAGGUUUACCAGUUUAUAUCCCUAUACAAGAAAAACCUGAACAACCACAAGUUGAAUUAAAACCAACUACUGCAUUGAAUAAUUCCCAAACUGAUUAUCAUCAAAUUGAGCAAGAGUUGCUAGAUCAGUAUACCCAAAAGCAAAAGGAAUUGUUAAAGUUUGAAAAACAAAUUGAAUUGGUUAAAUUUGAAUUAUUAGAGAUUUCAACUAAAUUAGAAAAUUGUAAAAGAGAAGAACGAAUCCAAAACUUAAAAGAUAGAAAUAAUCAUGAAACUGAUUUCUAUAAACAGAUCCAUUCUCAAACUACUGCUCAACUUAGUCAAAUUAAAAUCAUUAAAUCACCGCCUUCACUGCCAUUGAAAUUUAGCCAAAAUUCAAAUUUUCCUUCCAUUGAUGUCUUAAAGAAAAAAGCAUCUUUCAUAGUUGAAAAGAAUUUCAAGAAUGAAUUGGAAUCCGUCUCUAAAAUGUUCAAUACUAAUACAACUGCAUCGACUUCUCCAAAUGAAUUGUCUACAAAAACAUCAAAAUUCUUUAAUGAAGUUUUAGAAAACUUUUCUCCAAAGAAGACAAAUGAAAAUCUUAAUAAGAUUAAUAAUACAUUCAAUAAUACCAUCAAUAAUAUCCAAAAAAACAUCUUAUCGAAAAAUUUCCCCAUAAAGUCAAUGACCCCAACUUCACUCUACAAUGAAGAAGAUUUAAUCAACAGUUCAUUUACUUUUGAAAAUCUUUCCAUGGAUCAUCAUACAAAUGAUCACUUAAAUGUCAUUUACGAAACCAGUGAUGUCACUGAAGAUGAUGAUGAUACCGGUAUAAGUCGAAGUGAAAUUGUUGAUAUUGACGAUUAUAAUAGUUCAUUCGAAGAUGACGAAUAGUUUUCUAUAGCAUAAAAAAAUAUCUAUAUCAUUAUA